AUGGGAGGAUUUUUCUCCAGUCUUUUCUCAGGCCUGUUUGGCACAAGGGAAAUGAGGAUUUUAAUUCUGGGUUUGGAUGGAGCUGGAAAAACAACCAUACUUUAUCGUCUGCAAGUUGGAGAAGUUGUCACAACUAUUCCCACAAUUGGUUUUAAUGUUGAGACCGUCACCUACAAGAACCUCAAGUUUCAGGUAUGGGAUCUUGGAGGCCAGACAAGUAUAAGGCCAUACUGGCGGUGUUACUACUCAAACACAGACGCUGUCAUUUAUGUUGUGGACAGCAGUGACCGCGACAGAAUGGGGAUUUCCAAAUCCGAGUUGAUUGCCAUGUUGGAGGAAGAGGAACUGAGGAAAGCCAUCCUGGUGGUCUUUGCAAACAAACAGGACAUGGACCAGGCCUUGACGCCUGCAGAAGUAGCAAACUCACUGGGACUUCCUGCUCUCAAAGACAGAAAAUGGCAGAUUUUUAAAACAUCAGCCACCAAAGGAACAGGACUUGACGAGGGCAUGGAGUGGUUGGUGGACGCCCUCAAGAGUCGACAGUGA